ACGUCGCCCACGCUUGCAAUCUCCUCACGCGCCUCGCCUUGCCAUCAUGCCGCUGAUCCACGAAUCCUACGACUCUCUCCCCUACGUCGACGCGCCGCCUGACCAGGCCGCUCUCCACGCUGCCCUGGGCCUCAUCGCCGCCGACAUGGCCAGCGCCGGCGUAGAUGCCGCCCAACUGCACCCGGCCCUCAUCCCGGCGGCCACAUACACGCCCACCUUCUCCGAUGCCCUCGAGCGCGAGCACGCGCGCCUGCAGGCCGACCCGGCCUCCAAGCUCUCCGCCAUCGACCUCGCCCGCUACGAGGCGCUCGAGGCGCCGCCGAACACGAGCCCUACGAGCGACGAAGACAAGCCCGAGAUCCUCGCGCAGUGGAAGGCCGCGCUCCAGAAGGCCUACACGAGCUCAGAGUACCUGAAUGCCCGACUCGCGGAGCUCGGGCUCCUCGAAAAAUUCGGCAAGAACGCCUGGCUCAUCAGUAACUCCCAGCAGGAGGACAUCCUCAAGAGCAUCGAAGCCGAGCUGGCAGACGUGCGCAAGCAGCAUGAGGAGGCCGAGGCCAUCCGCCGUCAGCAGCAGGAGAGCGUCCAUGGCGAGAUCAAGACGUUGGAGGAGACGUGGAAGCGCGGCGUCGGCCGCGUGCUCGAGACCGAAGUCGCCGCCGAGGGCCUGAAGCAGCAAAUUCUGGAGCGGCGACGGGCGGGCGCCGUUUGACCUGGCUGCACAUGGCGUUGAGAAAGUUUUGCUGCGACUGUUGCUCAGAGAUACCCAGAUACUACGAAUAUCAAGUUCCGGAUCUUCUAGGUCCAAUUCCUACUCGAGUCUAUUCGUUUUGACUAAUCUUGCCACCCAGCGCGUCAAUUGCACACACAAGCCGGACAGUCGAUGCUGGUGGUCUUUGUAUCUUGGUACGG